GUGAUUCCGUUUUUUUCUUCUUCUCAAUUUGUUACAUUCAAACUGAAACAAUGUUUGACGGUAGCGAUCAGAGUAAAUCAAAAGUUGACACGGAAUGUGGAAUAAAAUUGCUGACACGUAUACUAUCAAAAAAGCGUCCGACACUGGUGAAUCUAUCGCCGGAAAUAUUUCCGAUCGACAGUCCCAAGCCGGGUGAAAUAUUCGAAAUAAGUGGUGAUUCGGGGAGUGGAAAAACGACAAAUUUAAUGGAAUUAAUUGCGCGAACGGUCAUCCCACUUGAAUUUGGUGGUAAGGGUGCGUCUGUCAUUGUAAUUGAUACAAAUUCAAAUUUUCAUGUAUCAUUGCUAUUGCCGGUAAUAAUUGAAAAGCAUGUGAUUUACAAUCGAACAUCGUCAUGCCAAUCGACUGAUACUGAAGUUUUGGUAGAUGCCACCAGUAACGUUAGUGCCAUUGUUCUCGACGCUAUGAAAAAAAUCGUAUUUUUUAAAUGUUAUUCGAGCACAGAAUAUGAACUCACAUUGUUAUACUGUUCAAAUUACUUGUUAACCAAUACAAACGUCAGUCUGAUUGUGGUCGAUUCAAUUGCGACAUUUUAUUGGAGCGAUUUUUCUGAACAGCAACUCAUUCGAAUGGACACCUAUCUCAGGAGACGCGUUCAAGAAUUACGCAAAUUGACCGACGAAUUCAAGGUGGUCAUUGCAUAUACACGACCAAUGGAAUUUGGCAGCAAUUCAACAGCGAUGAGCUAUCAACAGGCCAACUACAAAAUUCAAUUGAAACCAGCCAAAGCAAAUGACGAGUGGCGAGAAGCACGCAAUUAUUAUUCAAAUCAACAAAUCUCACGACGAUUUUCAAUCAACGAUUUCGGCAUUAAAUGGAUGUCAUCGAUUCAUCAAUGAAUAAUAAAAGAACAAUAUUUUGAUUCGUUUUAGCUGUAGAUCUCAGUACAAUGUGAUUCGAUUGAAAUGUAGAAGU